AUGAGUUCAUCAUCAAAUUUACAAUUAAAAGAAAAUGCACUUGCAGUAAUUAGAAAUUAUCGUGUGCCAGAUUUACAAGCUUUACUUGAAUAUGCAUGUCUUUCACGACAAGGUAAUAAACGUGAAUUACUUCAACGUUGUAAAAUUCUUAUAUGCUCAAGUUUAACUCCACAAUUAAUAAAUAAAAUUCAUCAAAUAAAUAUAACACGACUUAAUUCAACAAGAUCACAACGUCCAUCAGUAUCUCUUCCUAUAUCAUCGACAUCACAUAAUUAUCAUAAUCAACAUCCAAUUAUUUUAUCAUCAAAUUCAACAAUUGAUAAUUUACCAUCACCUAAUCUUGUACAAUCUGUUCGUUUACCUUUUUAUGAUAAACUUCGAACAAUUGAAUGUAUAAAUAUACCUGUCGAUUGGAAUAAAUUUUCACCUUUACGUUUUAUUUUAACUGAUUUCGAUGUUGAUUUUAUACUUAAAGGUAUAGCUAAAAUUUUUCUUCGUAUUGCACCAACCAUUACAUCUGAAGAACAAAAUGAUGUUUUACCACCUUAUUUAUUCGUUCAAUGUAAUGGUCAAACAGUUAUCAAUAAUAAUGUAUCAAAAACAAUUGGUUCACAAGCUCAUUCAAUAGUAUUUCCAACUGAUAUAACAGAUAAAAUAAUACCUAAAUCAAAUAUACAUAAUACACUAAAUUAUCUUUGGCUUCAAUCACCAAUAAAUAUGUCAUUGAAAAAUUUACCGAAAUCUUAUACAUUAAAAAUUCAAUUUGUUCGUUGUAUAUCAUUAGAUUAUUUAUUUGAAAGUAUUCUGAAACGUGAUAUACAAUUAAAAAAUAUUAAUGAUAAUGAUAGUGAUAUUGAAAUUGAAGAUAUUGGUUUAAUGGCAACACAACAUCGUGUUUCAUUAAUUUGUCCAAUAACACAAUCAUUAAUUAAUGUACCAGCUAAAUCAUUAUAUUGUUCACAUUUAACAUGUUUUGAUCUUCGAUCAUUUCUUCAAAUGAAUGAACGACGUUUACAAUGGACAUGUCCAAUAUGUAAAAAACCAGCUUCAUAUGAUAAUUUAUGUGUUGAUAAACGUUUACAAUCAAUUCUUUCGAAUGUUCCAUCAAAUUGUUCAACUGUUGAAAUUGAUUCAUCAACAAAAAUUUUAUCCGAUUGUCAAUAUAUAUUAGAUAAUGUUAAACAAGAAAAAACUGGCAUUGUUAUUGCUACUGCAUUACAUCAAAACGAUAAUGAUGAGAAUGAUGAUGAUGAAUUAAUAAAUAAUUCUCCAAUUAAAUCUCGUCGUCAAUCAAUUACAAGUGAUUGUGUUAUUCUUUCAUCUGGAAGUGAAAGUAAAGAUGAAAAUGAAAUAGACGACAUUAAUAUUCAAAAUACUAAUUCAUCUGCUCCAAUUACUCCACUUUCAAAUGAUUUAUUUAAUCAAAAUAAUCUUAUUGAUGAAAAUCAACAAAUAAAUAGUACUAGUCAAUCAUUUAUUAAUGUAAAUUCAUUACAAUCUCUAAUGGCAUCAAAUGUAGAUGAUGGAAGUUAUUGGACUGAACUAGCAAGAAUUACAUAUAAUUUAAUAUCACAUAAUAAUAAUAAUAAUAAUAAUAAUAAUAGUAAUAAUAAUGAACAAAAUUUAAAUCGAAAACGAAGUAAUAGUUCUAUGUUAUCAUUAUUAUCAAAUAGUGAUGAUCAUCGUCAUCGAAAACGAGCAAAACGAACAUCAAAUACUGAAUUACAAUCAGCUGAUAUUGAAGUCAUAGUUCUUUCAUCAAGUGACAGUAGUGAUAACGAUGAUCAUUUAUCAUGA